AUGGAGGUGGGCUAUAAACAGAACUCUUCGAUAAUUCAUGGUGAGGGGGCUUUGUUAUCAAAUAGAAAAAGGGUUUUGGAGGGGGAUAUUGAUGAGGAGGAGCGUAUGGUUGAGGGUGUGGGGGAGAAGAGGCGGAGAUUUACUAUGACUGAUGAGACUGGGAACAGUGAUAUUCAAGUAGAGGGUGUUGGAAAUCCCCAACCCUCGAAAGACAAUGAAAAUCUUAAGUUGGAACGUUUUCGGGAUUGGCAACCUGAAGACGAAGGAGUUUGCAGAAGUAGUACAGGAAGAGCAGGGGGUAUUAGUUUGUGGUGGAAGGGUGUAGAUGUAGCUAUUGUUUCUUUUUCAAUUAAUCACUUUGUUGUGGAUAUAAAGGAUAACCAGGGAAUCACAAGGUGGAGAGCUAUCAGAAUUUAUGGAUGGCCCGAGGGUGAGAAUAAGCAUAAGACCUGGAAUUUAAUGAGGAAUAUGAGAAGUUCUUGCGAAGUUCCUUGUCUCAUGUUUGGAGACUUCAAUGAAAUCAUCUGUAUGAGUGAGAAAAAAGGCGGGGCUGUUAGGAGAGAGAACGGGAUGAAUGAGUUUAAGGAUACCAUUGAUGAUUGCUUCCUGCGCGACCUUGGUUACAGUGGAAGUCCGUUCACCUGGCAAUGGGGCAAGAGCAUUACAACGGCUGUGAGAGAAAGAUUGGAUCGUUUAUUGGGCGAUACGGGCUGGUGUGAAUUAUUCCCUAAGGCGGGGGUGAGGCACUUGGCAAGAAUUACUAGCGAUCACUCUCCUAUUAUCUUGGAUACAAUGCCGCAAAGAAAUGAGAAAAAGAAGAAGCAUAUGUUCAGGUUUGAGGCUAUGUGGCUGGCAAAUGAUGAAUGCAAGUUGGUGGUUAGGGAUGCUUGGACUAUGGGUGUUAAUAGACCUAUUCACGAAAGGGUUAGUGUCUGUGCAGCAAGCCUGAAAGCCUGGGCUUUUAAGACCUAUGGGGAUCGUAAGAAGAGACUGGAAAAUAAAGAGGAGGAGCUCAGAGCUGCCCAAUCCUUACCAAUGGACGCUCACAUGCUUGAAACCUGUGAAAAUUUAGCAGCGGAGGUUGAUGAAUUGCAAAGACAGGAAGAGACCUAUUGGUUCACUCGGGAAAGGGCAAAUGAGAUGCAUGAUGGGGAUCGUAAUACAUCCUAUUUUCAUCGGAAGGCUUCUAAGCGACAAACAAAUAAUAGAAUUAGUGGCUUAUAUGACUCAAAGGGCGUAUGGCAGGAAGAGGAGGAUCGCAUAAAACAGAUAUUUGAAAAUUAUUUUGGCUCCCUAUUUUCUUCAGAGUCCCCAGAGGAUCUGGAUGCUGCUACUGAUGGUCUUGAACACCGUAUAACUGAAGAGAUGAACUCGGCCCUGGAUGCUACUCCUACUGAAGAUGAAAUUAAAAGAGCACUGUUUCAAAUGCAUCCGAAUAAGGCACCAGAAUUAUUAAAUAAAUCAGCGCGUGAGAAAAAGCUACAUGGCACAAGAGUAUGCAGAUCGGCUCCUAGAACUUCUCACCUAUUUUUUGCGGAUGAUAGCCUCCUGUUUGCUAGAGCAACAACGCAAGAAUGCUCUAUUAUAGCUGAUAUAAUCAGGGUGUAUGAGAGAGCGUCGGGCCAGAAAGUAAAUCUAGAUAAGACGGAUGUUGCUUUUAGCAGAGGUGUGCCGGUUGAUCGAAGAGGUGAAAUUGUUAGUACAUUGGGUGUUAGGGAGGUGGAGAAGCAUAAUAAGUACCUGGGUCUGCCUACUAUUAUUAGGAGAUCAAAAAAAGAAAUUUUUGCUAGACUAAAGGAGAGAUUAUGGAAGAGUUUAAAUGUGUGGAAUAACAAGUUACUCUCAAAGCCUGGCAAAGAAGUCCUCAUUAAAGAAGUGGCCCAAGCAAUACCAACUUAUAUGAUGAGCAUCUUUAAAAUUCCCGAUGGUGUUAUUGAUGAGUUUCAUACGAUGUUAUGUAAGUUUUGGUGGGGCUCGAAGGGCAAUAGAAGGAAGAUACACUGGAACAACUAG